AUGAUGAUGGACUCGGACUCGGCGUAUAAGCCCAACGGCGAUUACCUCAUGUCGCCGUACACCUGGCACACGCCUCAAGAUUUGCAGCAAUUUACCAACGCACCCAUCGUGUACCCGUACAGUGACUACGGAUCUGUGGUAGUCAAGUCUGAGUACGACGAUGACGUUUGCGGGGUUGUCGGCGGCGGUGGCGGCGGCGUUGGAAUCGGAAUCGGUGGAGACCUCAGCUGCGGCGGUGGCGGAGACGGCUGCGGCGAUAUCGGAGGCGGUGGCGGAGGUGGUAGCAGCAGUUCACCCGGCCUGGAACACGACACGGUGGAACCGAAAAAGGGAAAGAAACGGUCGUCCAGAUCGAAAGAAAUCCAAACGCCGUUGAAAUCAAGGAGACGAUCUCCGCAGACCCCAGAAGAGAUGCAAAGCCAACGGGUGAUGGCCAAUGUACGGGAACGGCAGCGAACACAGAGUCUAAACGAAGCGUUUGCGUCUCUCCGGAAGAUCAUACCUACGCUUCCUUCUGACAAACUAUCGAAAAUCCAAACGUUGAAGUUGGCCACGCGAUACAUUGACUUCCUGUACCAGGUGUUGCACAAAGCCAACACGGAUGAAGUUCCCAUGGUAGGACACACAGACUCAGAUUCUCAGCACUCCAUCGAACAAGGAUCUUCCGGUACUGGAUCUUGCACGUACGUGGCUCAUGAACAACUCAGUUAUGCGUUUAGUGUGUGGAGAAUGGAAGGCGAAUGGAACAACGUCAACCAGGAAUAA